GGCAGGGGCAGGAACCUCAGCCCAAAGCCUCGCAGAGCUCACACCCACCCGAGUCCCGGCGGGCGGAAGGGGAGCGCCUGCGUGACACAGACACACGGACACACGGAUCCCGCUGCUCCGGGGCGCUCCCGGUCGCUGCCGGCAUGGGGAACAUAACUUGUGUUCCUCAAGCACCCGGCAGGCUCCGAGGCUCUUUCAGGAGGAAGCCCUCGCUGAAGAAGGAACAAAAUGGCAAGAAGAAACUGCCCAGCUUUUUUGGGAUAGAAGGAGGGCAGGAGAGAGAUACGACCACAGACAAAAUCCUGCAGUAUAUUCCAGGAAAGAGUAUUCAGAACCAGGAAAACCAGAAGGAGAACUUGGACCAGAGGUUCCCCAGCCUGUUCAAGAAGGGACGGAGGAAAAUGGUUGUCAGGAAUCUGGGCAAGAUCAUCUAUUACUCCAAGGUCAAGUUUAAGUUCCAGCACUGCCAGGAGGUGAAUGACUGCUUCUUGGAGCUGUUCCAGUCCUACCUGUACUUCCAGUCUAUAGGCUCCAAUGGACUCACAUACCAGGGACUGCUGCCUUUGAAAGAGCUGAGUGUGUGUGAAAUGGAGACUGGGAAGAGCACUGGGCAGGAGGAGCACGCGUUCCGCAUUGCAGGUCCUCUGCUGAAUCCCCUUAUCGUGUUCUGCCCCACUGAGUCAGAGCUGAAGCAGUGGCUUUAUCACUUGGAGAAGCAGAUCCAGCUAAAUGGAGGAAGCCUUGGCUUGCCCUUCCUCUCUCAGAAUGACUGGAAGCAGAGCUCCAUAGGGAAGGAGGAGCUGCGGUGGUCCGUGCAGAACAUGCCUGUCCAGGAUUGGAGAGGGACCCAACGGGAAUCCUUAGGUGAUGUCCUUUGUGUUUCCAAAGUGAAGCUUCAGCAUCUGCCUUUCCAGGAGCAGCAUGACCGGCUGCUGGUGCUUUACCCAUCCACACUGGUGAUAGUAUCCGAAGAACAAAACAGCCUCUGUUUUAAGGGUGAGCUGCCACUCAAUGCCAUCCAAGUGCUUUUUGAAGAGAAUGAGAAAACCUCCUUUUUAAUAGAAGGCCGACUGAUCAACUCGAUCCGGGUGACCUGCCGCAGCUAUGAGGAUUACCAGGAGUGGCUUUACUGCCUCAAAACAGCCCAGUUCCGAAAUGCUGACUCUUCCCUCUCCGGAUCAGAGAGUUUCCCAGGAUCAAAGCUGCCUCAUCCUGGCCAGUUUGCUGGCAGUGGGAGAGGGUCCCUCACUUCUGAUGGCCGUACCAACUCCUGGGCAUCAGGAGGGAGAGUGGCCACCUUAACACACCUCUCCCAGAACAGUGGCUCUCUCCCUGAUGGACAGUCCUUCAUGCUGAUGCCUGAGAACAGGGUGCUUGAAGACUCUCUCUCCCCUGGCUAUUCCCAGCCCCUUCAUUGCCUGGCACAGGACCUGCGGAGGGGAGGCAGUGCCAGGAAGUCCAAGGGCAAAUGUGGACCUUGUGGGCAGCAGCUGCCCAGCCAGGACACCGAGAGGAACAUCUGCAGCCUCAUUCCUGAGAACCCCAAUGGCGAGCUACUGUCCUCGGUGUACAAUGAGCCAUACUCUGCACACAGCUUGCAGCAACACCCCGCAGCUCCCCUGCCACAUCUGGACCUCAGUAAUCUGAACAGAUGGAGCUUGGUGGGAAGUCAGCCCUCAACAGCUUCCAGCUCUUUGGAGAAGCCAGCCAUGCCCCGCUCCCCCUUGUAUGCAGACCCCUAUACCCCCAGCUCCUCUGCUGCUCGCAGUGUGGCAGGAUCCAGCUUCCUGGAAGAGUUCCUGCAGUGUCAUGGACAGACGGGCUCAGCACAAGUGAAUGCCUGCAGAGACCAUCUCUCUCUGCAGAAGAGGAACUGCCAGCCCCUGCCCAGUCACUGCAGAGAGGUGCCUGUGGCUCCAUACAGCUCCUCAUGCCAUCUCCAGCUGCGGCCUCCUGAUGCUUCUUAUCUUGAAGAUAUCUCUUCUCUGCAAGAGGAACAUCUGGGCACUUCAUUGCAGCUACGAGAUGGGGAUGUUGGCACUUAUGACCUGCCAGAGACCAGCUUCCCACACAGCGACUCCUCAGCCUACCAUGACUAUGCUGAGCUCCAGAGCUUCCAGAGCGACUUCAGCUACGACAACCUGUGGGAAGCCGAGGAGAAGGAGCCGGGCACCCCUCAUACCUCCCCAGCUCCCAGCCAGCAGUUUUACCAAGCCUGAAGGAAAGCCUCCACAACCAGGCGUAGAAAAGCCCCCAGGCUUUUUUCUCACUGGGUUUUCCUCCAGGGUGAGGAACUUGGGGUGUACAAAGCAAAAGGAAGGGCCCCGCUCUGUAAAGGCUGGUUCCCAUGUCCUGGCAGCUCAAACUUCUCCUCUGAAUCUGAGGAUGGGGCAAAGCACAAAAGCAUCAGCCUCUGCAGACCUGGAGAGCAGUGUGUGUGCUAAGGAGCAUGCACUGCGGCUGCCCCAGCUUAGGGAGCCCUGGCUAGGAAACGGCUUUGUCCCCUUGAUAAUGAAAGGAAGAACAAAAAGCUGGUCAGGCUCCCUUAAAUAAAAGGGACUAGAUGUUCAGGUGGAGCAGUCACUCAAAGGCCAAAGAAAAGGGCUGGCUGGUGACCGGGUUUGAUCAUCUUGCUUAUUACCAGAGCCCUCGGGCUGGUCACUUUGAGGAUCCUGAUCCCUGAGAAUAGCUGUUAUACCGACCCUUCCUCCACUGAGCUCUGAAGUCUGCAAACAUGCAUGAGACAUGCCCCGUCGUGGUAUAUAAGGUUGGUAGCAAUAGUUGUGCUCAUACGAUUGUCUUCCUGCAAGGUCAGGGUUAACUGACGAGAGAUGGAGAAGAGAAAUCCAGGUCUGGGCAGAAUGGGACUUCCUUUCCACUUCAUGCAGUAAGUUCUCUCCUGCCAAUGCUGGCUCCAGACCAUGGUGGUGACCUGCAAUAUGAUGAGGUGGAAUCAAGAACUGGUCUGGCCAAGUGGCUUAUGUUUACCAAGGUCUUCCCUGGAAAGGAUGCUCUAGAUUCCUCUUACAGGACUGCAUCCUUUCCUCCCACCCCUCUGCACAUCCCUGGGCUUGCACUAAAUGCUGCCUGUGAGUAUCUAGGGAGAAAGGGAAGGAGGAAAACUCACUACAGCCAUAACACUGAGCAAGGCCACUGUGGGCUCUCACCUCUUUCUUCCCCCCUCCAGAGCAGCAGCAAGACCAGGACACAAACAACAGGGGACAGAGUCUCAGUGCUAUCGUUUUCCAGCCUCUUAGGCCAGAUCCUUUAACACAUAAAAGGUCAGCAGCAAAUCCCAAUGUUUUUACCUGAGGCUCCACGCUCUCAACCUUUGUUCCCUAAAGAGGCUGCAAACCAGAUUACCCAAACCCUCUAGUUUUGUUCUUUCACUGGUGCAAACAAAGCAACCCAGGGGCUCUUUGUACUUGAAUAUCCAUGUAUUACAUUACACUUCUCUUCAGGAGGUACCCCACUAAGUUUACAUGCGAGGUUCGAGUGGAUUCUGUGUAUUUAAGGUGUCAAUGCGGCUGAGUUGCAGAUGUAUUUAAUUGUCCAGCUGUGAUGACGUUCAGUACUGCAGGACGGGCGGCUCUCUGCGCAUUCCUAUGUGUAUCG